CGGUGCCCAGGCUGGGACCCCGCAGGGCUACGCAGGGCAGCGGCGGCGGCUGCAGCAUUCGACAAAGGCAGCUGCGGCGGGCGCCUGGGGGCGCAGGGAACCCGGCAGGGGGAGCCGCGGGGCACGGCGGGCAGAGGGCGCUGCCGGGCGGGGAGAUCCGGAGCGCAGCGCCGGGCGCAGGAGCAGGCGAGUUGCCCCGAGCCAGGCUCCCCGGAGCCCCCCAAGCCCCGUGCAAAGCGGGGGUCGCAGAGGCUGCUGGGGGGCAGCGAGGGGGCUGCAAAGCGGCGCUAGGGACCGGCGCCGAGCAGCUCCACGGGCGGCGGGCGCUUCUCACCCCGCCCGAGCCCCGGUGCAUCGCACAGAGCCAGCCCCCUGCCCAGCCUCGGCGCCGGCCGUCCCCGCAGGGCUGCGGGAGAGAGAAACCUUCAGCGGCGAUCCAGGGAGGCACCAUGCGUUGCCCGCUCCUGCUGCUCGUCCUGCUCUGCUGCAGGGGUACUGCCGGUAACGAGGCUGCAGAAUCCGAUGGAUCAAAGGGAGGUACUGCCGGUAACGAGGCUGCAGAAUCCGAUGGAUCAAAGGGAGGUACUGCCGGUAACGAGGCUGCAGAAUCCGAUGGAUCAAAGGGAGGUACUGCCGGUAACGAGGCUGCAGAAUCCGAUGGAUCAAAGGGAGGUACUGCAGGAAACGAGGCUGCAGAAUCCGAUGGAUCAAAGGGAGGUACUGCCGGUGGCGAGGCGGCAGAAUCCGGUGGAUUAAAGGAAAGAGGUGCAACUGGACAAGAAGGCACGACUGCUCUUUCCACCACAAGUGCCCCGUCUGCCAAUGCCACCUCCAAGGGCAGCCAACCCCCAACUGAUGCUACAGGUGCCCCGACCCCCACUCACACCCUGACCCCCACCAAAGCUGACACCUCACCCUCCACUGGCGUCCUGCCUACUGCCUCAGCUUCCACCAAGGCCCUGCCUGGUGCCAGCGCCCUGCCCCCCACCACCUCUGGUACACCAGGUGGUGCCAGCGCCCCAUCCUCCACUGAUGCUGGAACCUUGCCUGGCACCGGCACCCCACCCCCCACCGGUGUCCCAUCCCGCACUCCUGCAAGCACUCUGCUCCCUGCCAACACUCUGCUCCCAGCUGACACCAACACCCCGCCUACUAAAGUUAGCGCUCCCUCUGAGGGCACAGCAGCGGUGGUCAGCGCCACUGCCGAACCCCUCACUGUCCGUGCCCCCAGCGCCCUGACUGUCCUAGUUGUCCAUGUCCCCACCUCCGCAGCCGUCCCCAGCUCCGUGGCCACCCCAGCUGUUCCCAUGGCUGUUGCCCCGAGCCCUACCACCACUGCUUACAUCCCCAGCUCUGGAGAUGCCACUGAUCCGGCAGCCGUGUCUCCAUCGCAGAAGCCCCAAACACCAGAAACCAUUACAGUAAGGGGCUCAGGUGCUACUGCGGACAAGGAACAUACCCCCCAGAAUGGACAUCAGUCAGUGAAGCCUGUGGCAUCUACGGAAAGUAUUUACAAACAUGGGAAAGUUGCAGUUCCAACCACACGGCGGUCGGGUGUUGUAUCACAACCACCAGCCUCAGGCUCUGGAACUGUGAUCUCUAUUACAGCCAGCACAUCACUGAGCCGCCACACUCCAACUCCUGGCAGGGAAUCCAAGCCCACUGACUCCCUGCCCAAAAGUCAGUUCAUUUGUGAGAACCAGAAGUCGUCCAGCGACUCAGCAAUCAUUCUAACCCUGAACCAGCCUGUACGCUGUGGCAUCCCUGUGGAUCCCUCCCUGCACAACAUGCUCUGCAAAGCCGUGAAGGCCACGUUCAACCGGAGCCGAGACAUCUGCACCGUGCGUCUGAACACCGCUGGGAACGCCCCCAACAGGAUCGCUGUGCUCGGUGUUUCUGUGCAAACCAACGCCGCGCCCAAGGAGCUGUUUGACCUGCUGGAGACGAAGAAGGGAGAGUUCCAGCAGCUUGGCAUCAGCAACGUCACCUACGCCAGCAAGCGGCUGACGGAGGAGACCGAGGACCGGUUCAGCAUGCCCUUGAUCAUCACCAUCGUGUGCAUGGCCUGCUCCCUGCUGCUCAUCGCGGCCAUCUACGGCUGCUGCCACCAACGGGUCGCCCGUAGGAAGGAUCAGCAACGCCUGACAGAAGAGCUACAGACCAUGGAGAAUGGCUACCAUGACAACCCGACCCUGGAGGUGAUGGAGACCUCCUCAGAGAUGCAGGAGAAGAAGGUGAACCUGAACGGGGAGCUGGGAGACAGCUGGAUUGUCCCCAUGGACAACCUCACAAAAGAGGAGCUGGAGGGAGAGGAGGACACGCAUUUAUAAGUGACAUGAAACUCUACCAGCAAAAACAAAAAACAAAACAAAAAAGCAGCCCCAAAAUGAUCAGAGCCACAAGUGCCAUCGCUUGGAGCAUCCUGUGGAGCAAGGAGACACACUGGUGCCUGAAUGCCCCGUUGAGGCAGGAGACCAUGACUGGAGUUUGCUCUGGCCCAAACGUCGUUCAAUCAAAACAUAUUCACUGUCCAGACUAGGUUGUAUUUUUGCUUCUAUAGCGGGAGAGUGCCUGUAUUUAAGCCUUGACUAGAGGAGACAAAGUUCAGCUUCUGGCCAUCGUAAAAGGAUAAGAGUUGACGGCCUCCUGCAGGGCUUCUCAUCCUUUUCCAUACUGGGACCCCUUCUAUCUAGCUGGAUCUAGUAUUAUGGGAAGGGCAGAGUGGUCAUGACCCCCCGCCGGGGCUGAGAACCCUGGAUACAGAGUGAUCAGAAGCCUCUGGUGCCUAGCGGGGUUCUCCAGAAACCGAGUUAGUAUCAUAGCGGAUUUGCCUUAGCGAAGGAUGCUACUCAGGGUGGAAGGGCUGGAGGCAAAGGGCUCGCGAUCUUCUGUCAGCUCUUUGCUCUGCCGUCAUGUGCAUCACCUGGUGCCAGUGCCCAGUGCAUUGUGAGCCUCUGCAUCCUGUUUGUUCUUUUCCCAUCACUGCUCCCCAGGAGGAUCUUUCCCCCUUGUAACCUCCACCGUCACCUGCAGCUCGAUAGUCAGACCUCCAGGUUCCACUCCAAUCAAAUGAGGGGGCAGUGCCAUCUAGUGGUGAGAGCUCGGGGUAGCAUGAUCAGGGGACUUGGGGGGGGUCCAUUCUGCGUGACCUCAAAGAAGUCACUUAGGUGUUCUGUGGUUUUGUUUUUCCCGUUCGUUAUAUGCAGAGAAGCUUUAUAGACGUGCCAAUUAUUAAGUCACAGGAGAUAAGGGGAAGAGCAGCGACUGCCCUCAUCCCAAGCCACAUGACUGCCUGGUCAUUUGCCAAGUCUCCCUGGAAUCCCUAUGGAAAAUGCUUUGCAUUCACCAAAGCUUCCCCCGCCAACCACCAGUGAUCACUCCUGGGUCCUUAAUACUCCCUCUGUCCUACAUGGACCUUCCUGGCCUGCAGUGUGACUGACACUGCGGAUACACCCUUCCUUCAGGACAGGGGUGAUGUUAAGGCUCCAAGACUGCACUUCUGCUGGGGUUUUUUAGCCAGUGUAGGCAGAUGUUGCCGUGUUAUAUUGCCUUCUCAAGCCACUAAAAUGCAGCAUUUUUCAGAUACCGUAGUGUCCUUACUACAGCGAAUAAAACGGAGUUGUUUAAUUCUGGGCUGGACUCGUGUCCAUAAACAGGCUAAGCAAGAGGGACCUGCACUACCUCUGCCAUUCAAAUGAAAUUCCCAAGCCCGGUUUUUUAGCUCCCAGCCCAAAGGUCGUAGAAGUUUAAAGGGCAAGUGCGUAGGAAGCUCACCACUUAUUUAGGGAGGGUCGCAGUAAGGGUCCUUAGUGAGAUCUGCAUUUGAAGCAGGACUAAACUCCCUGUUUCAUCAUUGUAGCCAAUGACAAAGUCACUCAAAACGCGCCUUGAAGUUUCUCACUGACGAUAAAAGGCAUCUAACAGCAGGCAAAUAGGAAACUAGCACCUUGAUGGGGUGGUGCGCAGGCAGAGUCCGGAAAUGCAGUUCUGACAAGAAUGUAUGAAUGGAAAGGAGAGAUUCAAACUCAUUAUGUAAGGCAAGGGCUAGUGCUGGGGAGAAACUUAGUGAAGUAGCUGCUGUUAACCCAAAAAUUCUCUUACACACCUGAAAAUCUGUCAUGUGCCAGAACAGGGCUAGCCCCCGCCCAGCUCUGAGCCUGCGGCAUCACACAUGCCUUCCUAGGGGGAAAGCGUUAGUAACACCGGCAGCUCUCGGAGCAAAUCCAGGCACUAUUAGAGAGACAGCCAAACGGCAACAGGCAUUUCUAGAAAGAGCCAAACCAGUCAUCUGUUCCAUGGCGGGCAGUAAUCGCUUCUCUCGUCCGCGAAUCACUGCAGCUUUCCUUUAAGGACAUUUGUUUCACUCCUGAGAUCAGUCAGAAACACUGCGAAGGCCCCCAACACAGGAUUAGAAGAAAACAGACGGAGGCUGUUUUACAGACCGAAACUGACCUGCUGAAACACACACGAGCAAUGCUCCCUGUGCCAUAAGCAGAAGAAUGUGUUAGGGCCCAGUGGAACUGGGAACCUAAAGUCAGUGCCCAAAUUAGAGCUGGUCUGAGUGAAGUGAGCUAGUCCCACUUCUGGCAGAGUUUUGUGCAAUCAGUUCAUUUGAAAGCUCUGCCAAGCUGCAAAGUAAAAGAGAACUCAGCAAUCAGGCUAAACAACAGCUGGCUUCAUCAGGGGAGGAGCUCGCCCAAUGUCCUAUCCAGAUCCAGUUGGCAUGGGUGAAUUUCUGCCAAUUCACGCACCUAGUUGAAAUAAACAGAUUUCAAAGGUAGGAAAGGUGAAUGAAGGUUGCAUCAAGCUCUGAAGGCUUGACUUAAUAUUUAAUCUAAAACGUUACAAGAGAUACAAACUGUAAAGCCUCAAACAGAUGUGCGUGUAGGAUAUUUUCUUAAAUAUGGAGUCAGCCAUUGUGAAAAGUUAAUGUAAGUGCAAAGAAAAGCACAUGGAUAGUGUUCUCACCUGCAUGCAGACAGUUCCCUCAAUUCUGUUACCGGGUUUACCUCUCAAACGAGGCUGAUAUUACUGGUAUGUCUGGAUGGCCCCUCUAGUGUUUCUUCUUUAAAAGCCUGUGUUUGCUGAUUGAUGGUGCUGAGAUGCACGCUGAAAAGACUACUUCAGUGGCAAAUCUGGGGCUGGAUUUGGACAUUCAGACCUUUUUCUUUAAAAGCCCCACUGUUCUGGGCACUUUGCAAAGGUUUAUUAACAAAGGAGCCCAGGAUAAGGCCACUAAAUCCACUCUGCAGUGCAGCGUCUACGUUACUUUAGAACGAUCACAGCAAUUUCUCACGAGCCAGCUGGGUUAUGGGUUUGCUGAAGGCAUAGAGAACUCACCAGUGAGCUAAGUCGGGCAGGUGUCCUGGCGCAUGUUAAAAGUGUAACAGCAGGGAUGAACAGAAGUGCAGGGUGUGGAGACUACAUCUCCCAGCAUGCAGUAUUCUUUUGAUCUGAGCCGCCUAGUCACUUGGAUCAAAAUGUGCUGGGACCUGUGGUCCCUGUAGGCUGCACCUCUGUAUUAUAGAGAAGGGUGGCUACACUCUGCUCCUGCCUAUGCAUAAUUGGGGAUGCAGGUUCCUCUGCUUAGCAGCUCCCACAAACUCAUCAGUCACCUAUAAAUCAAAAGAGAAUUUGCUUUAGCUUCUGCUUGUAGCAGAGAUGAAAGGGCAGCUAUGAAUUGCACAAACUAUUGUUUUGUGGCCAAUUUGGUUUACACAUUCCACAGCUAAGGUGUUCAUGAGAUUUUGCAGCGGGGAAGUGUCAGUGAAGCAAAAGCCACCUCUUCAUGUCGCCACCUUAGGAGGCAAACAGUUUGGAAAUCACCUACCUGUUGAUUUGGAUUGCGUCAGGCAGGGCAUCUAAACCUGCGAGAGCCUUGAGAGGUAUCAGCAGAAGGCAAACCACGGGGAGCUGCACUUAAAUUCCAAGGUCAUGGUUGCUGCGGUCAGCCUAGCAUCACUCACCCUAACACAGUACAGCGCUAUUCCCCCUCAUGGCUGCACACCCUAGAGCAAUUCUUAAGUGUUGCCCUUGCUUGGGUAUUGGGCAGGGAUGGACCAGCGGAUAAAGUACGAGCAAAAGGAGCACAGCGGCAUUAGCUUGGGGGCAGUCACCAAGUCAAGCUACUGUACAGAUUCCAGCCACUAGAGGGGGCAUCGCUGCUUUAACCUGAAAUACACCAGGAUUGCAGGACAGAUCAAAAUUUCAUUCCAGGAGGUGCUGGGGGAAGGAACAGAAGAGUUCACAUUUCUGAGACUUUUUUUUUUUUUUUUAAAGUCUGAUCUAGCGGUGAGUUUGCAGGGUGUGUUUGUCUCCCUCCUCUCCCCUAGGACCCAUCAUCAUCCCAGGGCUGCUUUGUCUACAGGAACUAAACCUAAGCAAGUUCUGAAUUUCUUCCCAGAUUUCUUAUUUAUCAAGUCUCCCUCCAGCACAGGCUUAAUUUUAAGAACCUGCAAAAGGCGUCACCGAAGGCAAGAAGCAGAAGUCUGAGCGGGUACAAGAAACAGGGUAUUUCUCCAUCUGAAACUCAGCUAGGCCCCAAUCCUGCCAUCUGAUCAGCCCCGGCAGACCCUCACGCCCACCUUGCAGCUCACUGAAGUCAGUGGAGCUCAGGAUAGGUGCAAGGAGGAUCCUUGUGUGGCUCAUGGCGUAGGGCUGGGGUGCUGGUGCUGAAGAACCCAUUAUCUGUUUCAGACAUUACGACAGAGCCCCGCUAGCCCUUGGGCUGGCAGAAGGGCUGGUUAAAUCAAAGGGAUUUUUGCCUACAUAAGAACUUCAGACCAAUGUUUACAAAAAAUUCCCCAAGCCCCGAUAAUUUAUCCUUUUCUCUAAAAAGGGCUUGACUUUAUUUAGGCUCCAAAUUUAGGUGCGUUUUAAAAAAAAAGGUUUUCACAGUACAAAACCCAAAACGAUUACUUAUGCUCUCUCUUUUUAAAGGGACACCAUCCACUUUAAAACAGGAAUCACACUUCUGGCCCUAGGUUUCAGAGUAGCAGCCGUGUUAGUCUGUAUUUGCAAAAAGAAAAGGAGUACUUGUGGCACCUUAGAGACUAACCAAUUUAUUUGAGCAUAAGCUUUCGUGAGCUACAGCUCACUUCAUCACUUCUGGCCCUAAACACUGUACUCUCGACUGUUGCAAGGACCAUCUUGUUCAUCUUCUGUAACGGAAAGCGAUUAGAUAAUUAUUUUUCCUCUACCUUUUCGGUUUGUUCGUGGUCAAAUUCAGUUUCCCUGUGUAACCAGCCUCUCUUGUUUUUGUGGGUCUUUAACACAACAGCAGCAGCGAGAACAUUUUAAAAGAUAGGAACCGGAUCGUGAAACCACAAUAGGUGACAGGAAGUCGCGUGGGCAGGUGUCGUGGUAACAAUUUACUUUAAACGGGCUCAUGUGGACCGUGUCCCUUUAAUUUAAUCUGCACCGUUGUGAACCCAGAGACUGUCGUGUGCUGGUUCAGGAAAUGCAGAAAAUGAAAGAAACCUCCUUCAUUCGAAGGCAGUGUGGUUUGAGGACAGGGUAUUAGACUGGGAGUCUGGAGACCUAGGUUCUAGCCCAGGCUCGGAAACCUAGGGCAAAACACUUCAGGGUGGAUUUUAAAAGGUAUUUAGGCACCUAACUCCUAUUAGUUUCAGUUACAAGUUGGAGCUUGUCCAGGAUAACAGGGAAGUCUCUGAAGCUUGGGACAUGCUUCCUCAGGUAGGGGAAGUAUGUAACCCAGGCCUGCUUGAUGUGUUCUGUCCACUUCUAGUGGCACCGAGACCAUCUAGAGAUGUAUGAGUCUGCUACAGCCUCACCUAAGAGGCUCAUGGCUUUUAUCUCAUGCAGUAGAGGCUCAUACACUAAGCCUCAGAGGUCCCAGGUUUCAUCCCACCCAGGAUCUGUCAGCGUUACACCUACAUACCUUUAAAAAUCUGGCCCUUAAUCUCUGUGCUCUCAAAGUGUAAAGUUUCCAGAAACAGCAUCAAAGUCCCAUUUUCAAAAGCAAAAGACACUUAAGGAGCCUUACUGUGAGUGAAAGCCAAUCGGCCCAAGGUGCUUAUGUGUCUGACACGUACAAAUAUGGGAAAAUGUUACCCAAGAUCCUGAUCUGUGAAUCCAGGGGAAUAUUUACUCUCAUUGGUAGAGCAGGUUCAGAUUUAUGGAGGAAGAGAGCUAUGCAUGGAGUGUUACGCAUUUCCCUAUCCAGGCCAAGAAAAGUGCAGAGCAGCAGGAAUGGUGAAAAAGUAACAGACUUUUUGGAGUCUCAGGUGUUAAUCAUCCGAGGUAUUCACACAGGUUAAAGGUUAGGGGGGAGGAAGGGAUCUCGACCAGAACUGAAUACCCAGUACAAGGAAUCGGUAAACUCUCUGAUAUGAAGUAACCCUUCCCCCUUCUCUCAUACACUGAAAGAGUCUGAAAAGUGGGUAAACAAGUGUAUGUUCAAUAUGUAAAUAUUACUGCUAGUGGUGUGGCAAUGUACUUAGCACACUUUGCAUAUUUGUGCACUGCUUUGGGGGGGGGAAAUAAAGCGAAGGUUCAGAGCCCAGUGCUCUGCGAGCAGCCCCACUGAAAUGGCUAGGAGUACUCACACAGGCAAGUACUUCUUCGCCUGCAGCAGGGGGAUGAGAAUCUGACCCAAACUAAGGGGAUGUUCAUUUCAGGCUAUAGCUUGCCAAUGGGACGCUGCAGAUUAAGAUUGGUGGUAGGCCCAGAAGACUCUUGCUGUGUUCUAGGGUGAAGUGGGACGGCUAAAGCUGACCAACAGUGGCCAAGUGACAGGCUUUGAAGCGUGCUGUCGCAUUAGAACAAGCAGCUUUGUUUUCAUAUUUAAACAGGCUCAACCUGCUGGUGUGAUGAUGCAAAAAGCCUUAAGGAGCUAGUCUCAGCAUUUCCAAUAACUUUCAUAACCAUGUUGCUUCACAGUUGUUCUAAUGGACAACUCAGCCAUCUGCAAGCUUGUGUGGCUGCCCUUUUAUAUAAUGUUGGGUCUCUCUUGCUUGUUUGUGCCAAGGAAUCUUUAAUUGCAGGAUAUUAUCAUAAAGGCCUCAAUUCAGCAAGUCAUCCCUAUUCAACUAACUUCUUCUCUAUAUAUGUUCUUAUACCAUGCUCAUCACCAGAGCACCCGAGUGCCUUCUUCCACGUGACGAACAUCUGUCUCAUUCUCUCACCCUAACCACAGGCGAAAACCACACGUUUAGGCAUGCUAGGGUGUUUUUUGUUUUGUUUUUUAAAUAUACAUGUGGCUAUUUAUGUUAGAGGAGGCAAGAUCAAAAAUACGCGCCUUGCACUUAAAGCUGAGAACCACUUUCUGCUCCAAGUGCAUGCUUAAGCCCUACUGAAAUCAGAUCUAUACUUAACUGCUUUGCUGAAUGGGGUGCAGAGACCUGAUAUCACAGAUUGGAAGAACAGGGUGCAGGCCCAGGGCCUGACACUGAAAUUACAGGUCUCGUUCAGAGCAAACAACAUUGCUCAGCAAGCAGUGACUAAACAUUUGAAGGGGAAUUGUGAAAUUUAUUUAUUUUUCCAUAACACCAUAUUUUUAAACCACAAGAAACUUAAAAUAUAGAUUUUUUUCCCUCCCACUUUUUAAAUAAAGAUUUCCUAUGAAGAAUGGAAAGUGAUGCAGAGUAGAUCAUGUUCUUCAAAGUCCGCUAGGAAAUAGGAGAACUAGAAAAUGCAACUUUGAGCAUAUUUGGCCUUAAAACUUCAUAGUAUAAUGUAGCCAUAAUUGUGUGAGAGACCAAAAAAAUGAAAAUCCUCCCAAAAACAAUAGCUUUAACGUAAAGAUACACUGUAUUACCUUCACAUUUUGGUAAGACAAGUUCUUGCAAGACUUCUAUUUUCAGAAUCAUAGAAGGAAAGUGUAAAUAAUGCAUAUUUUAUGUUCAUAGUCAUAUGCCAUGGUCCAGCUGACAGGAGGUUUAUAUUACUGCCACCACAGAAAAAUUAUACCCAAAACAGACUGUGGGGAGGGAAAAUACAUGUUUAAAGAGGCUAUUUUGUUGUUGAAUGUUUCACAUGUACACAAUACAGCUAUCUUGUGUGCUGUAGAGUGGCAUCUCUCAUAGGGACAGGAGUCUGAUUUACACUGGAAGUUACUGAGCAACUGGAUUGUAGAGAUUAUAAUUCUUGCAUUUUCCUACAAAAUAUAUUUUGAAGACACCAUGUAUUUCUGUCAAUAAACAUUCUUGUGUGUAAAA